GCUGCUGUUGCGGGACGCGGGCUGCGGCUAUGGCGGCGCGCGGUGGCCAUUGGUUUCCGGCCCUGGCGCUCGGAGUGACUCUCUUCAAAUGCCUCCUCGUCCCUGCCUACCAUUCCACGGAUUUUGAAGUACACCGGAACUGGCUCGCAAUCACACAUAGUCUGCCAGUGGCACAGUGGUAUCAGGAGGCAACUUCAGAAUGGACCUUGGAUUACCCUCCUUUUUUCGCGUGGUUCGAGUUUGCUCUGUCUCAUGUUGCCAAAUACUUUGAUCCAGAGAUGCUGAAUGUCCAGAAUCUCAACUAUUCAAGUUCUAGGACCCUCCUUUUCCAGAGACUGUCUGUAAUCUUUGCAGAUCUGCUCUUUGUGUAUGCUGCUCAUGAGUGCUGUAAGUGCAUUGAUGGGAAAAAAGCAUGCAAAGAACUUCCUGAGAAGCCAAAGUUUAUUCUAUCUGUAUUACUGCUCUGGAACUUUGGGUUGUUGAUUGUAGACCAUAUUCAUUUCCAAUACAAUGGUUUUUUAUUUGGAUUAAUGCUGCUCUCCAUUGCGCGAUUAUUUCAGAAAAGGCAUAUGGAAGGAGCAUUCCUCUUUGCUAUUCUCUUACAUUUCAAGCACAUCUACCUCUAUGUAGCACCAGCUUAUGGUAUAUAUUUGCUCCGAUCUUAUUGUUUCACAGCAAACAAGCCAGAUGGGUCCAUCCGAUGGACGAGUUUCAGCUUUAUUCGUCUUACUUCCCUGGGACUGGUUGUUUUCCUAGUCUCUGCUCUUUCAUUGGGUCCUUUCCUAGCCUUGAAUCAGCUGCCUCAAGUCUUCUCCCGACUCUUUCCUUUCAAGAGAGGCCUUUGCCAUGCCUAUUGGGCUCCAAACUUCUGGGCUCUGUACAACAUCUUGGAUAAAGUGCUAUGCAUCAUUGGUUCAGAAUUGAAGCUUCUCGAUCCCAGCAAGAUUCCCAAGGCUUCAAUGACUAGUGGCGUGGUACAGCAGCUGGAGCACACAGUUGUCCCCUCGGUCACACCCCUGGCUACCCUCUUCUGCACUCUGGUGGCCAUCUUGCCCUCUGUUUUCUGUCUUUGGUUUAAACCCCAAGGGCCCAGAGGCUUUCUGCGAUGUCUGAUUCUUUGUGCCUUGAGCUCCUUCAUGUUUGGGUGGCAUGUCCACGAGAAAGCCAUUCUUCUAGCAAUCCUCCCAAUGAGCCUUUUGUCAGUGGGAAAUGCAGGAGAUGCUUCGAUUUUUCUGAUUCUCGCCAUCACAGGACAUUUCUCUCUCUUUCCUCUGCUCUUCACAGCACCAGAACUUCCCAUUAAAAUCUUACUCAUGUUAGUAUUUACCAUCUAUAGUAUUUCCUCACUGAAGACUCUAUUCAGGAAAGAAAAACCUCUUUUUAAUUGGAUGGAAACUGUCUACUUGCUAGGUCUGGGGCCCCUAGAAGUUUUCUGUGAAUUCGUCUUCCCCUUCACCUCCUGGAAGCUGAGGUGGCCCUUUCUGCCUUUGCUACUGACCUCCGUGUACUGUGCAGUGGGUGUCACAUAUGCUUGGCUCAGACUGUACAUGUCAGCACUCACUCACUCUCCUGUCAAGACAGAGAAACAAAAAUCCACCCCAAAAAAUGUGGAAAUGGGAGAGAGGGCACACCAGACUGAGCGCAUGCUUUGCCCAGAGCCAAGAGUAGGCCCCAGCACCACCGGGGAUGCCCCCCAAACAAAAAGGAAAAAUCACAAGAAGACAAAGAAGCAGUAAAAAAAGAAAACCCUUGGAUAUACUGCUAGCAAUUAUUUCACAGGAAAUUGGUCAAAACUUGAAGAAAGGCGCUGGUGGCACAACAGUUUGGGGCCCAUUUUUCCCAUCUCCGCCUUGCCCAGCCUCGAAGUCUGUCCAUCCCUGUGGGGAGAAGCAAGGAUCCCUGAAACUCUUGGGCUGUGCCAUCUCCAGGUCUGACCAGUAGCGUCUUCUGUGUAGCCAGUGAGAAGCGUUAUUGAGCUCUAGUGCCUAAUUUGAAUGAGAAAUUUGA